AUGUCCGAAAAUAAGCGCCCGCGCCUCGAUUACCCUACUAUCGCUCCCAGCAACAACGACCAAGCUGUGGCCGAUCCGCCUGCCUCGUCUGAUCAUAGACGGCGCUCGAGCUCAGGCAAAGCCGAGGGUAAACGUCGUUUCGAGUGUAAAUACGUUGGCUGUGGUCGAGAUUACUCACGCGCGGAGCACCUCUAUCGCCAUCAACUCAACCGAUGUCUACGGACCUUUGUGCGCCAGGACCUCUGCAUCCGCCAUCGCGAAAGGCACGAGGUGAGGGGGCCCAUGCCAAAAGGCCACGACCCUCUUCGAGAGCCUCUGUCGCCUCGAUCCUCGUACAGUGAAGAGCCCGCAGUGAGCCCGACUUCUCCUACCUUGAAUAACAUGUUUGCGACACCGAGGCUAGACGGAGAUAACCCUCAAUCACCCAUCCUGAGCCGGCCAUCCUUCUCCAGUGAACCAGCCCUAAAGCCAACAGAUCUCCAAGCCAUAAUUCAACAGAAUGGUUCCGAAGCGAAGGGGACGAGCGACCGUGCAACAUCGCACGCUUUCUCAUCGGGGGUCCCACUGCGGCAUGAUCUCAACGCCAUUCUUCAUCAGCCUGCGCAAUCCGCGAACUACGUUCAAGCAGAUCUGUCGUCAGAUUCGUCCUUGACCGCCCGAGGACCGCAAGGCAUGUCCGACAACGUCUACGAUAAUCUUGACCCAGCCAUCUUAAGCAAGACGCGGACGCAUUCAAACAGCUCUAGAAUUCCCACGGCUGCUGAUUCACAGAUGUCAGACAGGUCUUCGGCCACGUAUACCAUGCCCAACUUGGGGGAUCAGCCAUUUAACGACUCACCGGUUUCCGUCCGAGAUGAAUUUGCCGCCUGGCUCUUUGAAGACGCCGGCGGCUUUCACACCGCUCCGUUCUCGAUGAGCGCGCAAGGGGGCAUUGGGUUCGCCAAUGGCGCCGAGAUAUUUGGCAGUGCGAUGUACUCCAACUACUUUGCUGAUCCGGCUUUGGACAAUUCUUACCCUGGUCUCAGUCAGCAACGCCCAGUCGAAACGACGACCAAGGUACCCGAGCCCUCUGUGGAUAGCACUAUUCUGUCGCACGCAAAACGCGCGUCGCUGAUUUCGUUAAUGGAACGCUUCCACGAAGGCGACAAUCCGUUGGUGCGACGGCUGCGAGAAGAGAUAUUCCAAGGCAAUCCCGACGCAGAGGAGCAUGUUCUCAGCAUUCGUUCUAUGCAACACUACAUCGGCUCGUACUGGUAUCAUUUCCACGCUCAAAUGCCCAUCCUACACCAGCCAACCUUUUCUGCCGACGACACCCACGAAUAUCUCCUCCUCGCGGUCAUGGCCAUUGGUGCCGCAUUCCUCAACAAAGCCCAUGGACGAGCGGUUACAGACGCUGCUGCGCGAUUUGCCACCUUUAUCGCCUGGCAUCUACGUUGGCAAGUUUUUAUGCAUGGUGACUUUCAUCCUCCGGCAAAGCUGUGGAUUUUCCAGACGCUUUUGUUGCUCGAGGUAUAUGAGAAAAUGAACGCGAGUCGAAUGCUGCACGAGCGAUCCCACAUUCAUUAUGCCACCACCAUCAACUUGAUGCGAAGAGGGACAGCUCUGAUUGAGACGGCGAACCAGGAUUCGUCUCGGAUGCCGUCAUCUCCUGAAGAGUGGUGGGGUCGCUGGAUCACAGCAGAAGCCACUCGUCGCGCAGCUUAUGCCGCUUUCUAUCUGGACGCACUUCACGCAGCCAUGUUUGGCCACGCGGCAAUGAUGGUGGUGCAUGAAAUCCGACUCCCUCUCCCGUGCGACGAUGCCCUGUGGUCGGCCACUUCCGCAGCCGAAGUUGGACGCGUUGAAGCUAGUCUGCAUGCUAAUGGGAUCAAACCUACCACGUUCCUGGACGGGCUGAAAAAGACGCUGACAGGCCGCAAAGUUCGGACGAAUAACUUUGGCAGAAUUAUCCUGAUGGCUGGUCUUUUGUCUGUGUCGUGGCACAUGAACCAGCGUGAUCUUCAAGUGUCCAGCCUCGGCGUGUCUCAGACGAUGGGUGUUCCCGACGGCUGGAGGACACCGCUGACGAAAGCGUUUGACUUUUGGAAGAAAGACUUUGACGAGAGCCUCGAACACAUGCGCAGGGCGGCACUACCCUGGCAAAAGAACGACAGUGCCCCUGGUCAAGAGGACAUGGCGCAGACUGCAGAGAUACUCCACCACCUGAGCCACAUGGCAAUGCAUAGCGAUGUCAUGGAUUGCCAGAUCUUUGCGGGUAUCAAGCGACUCUUCGGCAGGGUUGUGACCAAUGGUGAUUACGAGAGGGUCAAGUGCAAGCUUUUCGACUGGGCAAAGGGGCCGAGCGCGAGGGUUGCUGUCUAUCAUGCCCUGCAGCUACUCAAGUCAGUGAUACUGCCGGGGAAGGGCGGCUCCAGAAGGUUGUACAACGCGCGCGACGAUUAUCUUAUGAUGAGACCUUGGAUCCUGUACUUUGCCGCUCUCGUCGUCUGGUCCUACGGUUUUGCUCUGGAUGGAGUGCUUCGGCCUUUCCCAAGCCUUUUACAACCUGAUUCAUCGCCGGGGGCUGCUUCGGCGCGGUCUCACGGCUCCAAUCAGUCGAUGCUCAAUAUGGCGCAUGAUGGCAGCGAGUUUCAGGUUGAAGCUGUCAUCAAGGACGCUCACGCUUUCUUGCAGACAGUCGGGGCGGUGAAAUCCCCGCAACAGCUCGAGUCGAUCAAGGAUGGUCGGAACAAUGUUGUCGGAGUGUUGGCGAUCCUGGAGACGGCCUUUCGGGAUUCAAGAUGGGAGUUGUUGCACGAGGCAGCUGAUCUUCUGCGGAAUGCUAUUGUCCUGCUGCGUGGUGCGAGCCGUCAAUGA